UGAAUAACAUUAUCACAAACUCUAUACGGAAGUUAUGGCCACCAUUAUCCGUUUUAAAGUAGUUCACAGUCAUAAUAACAGAUACUCUAUAACGUAAAAAUAUUUUGUGAUAUACGAUAAAACGCCUGUCUCUUUAAGACGAAGCCUCGAUGUGUUGAGAAGUUCAAGUUGGGGUCACUGUAAGUUCCUGCCCUCGAUUUUACCUUUUAGUUUUAUUGUAGACUGACAUCACACGAGGCGCUAAAACACUCACACAGCCCAGAAGCCCAUUAUCAUCUCCAGUCGCGUUAUUACAUCCAUGCUAAAAUAGCCAAGGAAAUUACAAAACAUACAAAAAAACGAGGAAAACUGAUGCAGGAGUACGCACGUAUUUUUAUAGGAGGAGUGAGAGAGAAAGAGAGAAAGAGAGAGAGAGAGAGAGAUAGAGGGAGGAGGGACAGAGAGCAAGAGGGAGGGUGAGCAACACGAAAUUCAUUGCAAUUAAUAAUAAAAAAGAGUUGGCAGUCGUGCUCGGAAAACUGGCAUGGUUUUUGGGAGGCUGGCAGUUCAAAGUUGAAACGUCAGAAAUGACUCCAAAAGACUGUUGAGAUGAUCAUUAAGGGAGACUUAGAUCGGAUGGCAGAAGAGAUCGGGCAUCCAGGUAUUGGUCUGAAGUCGAUGCUGGAUGCCAUGGAAGUCCCAAGUCAUGCUAGGCACCUCCUCUUGCAACUGAACACACAACGAACCAAAGGCUUUUUAUGUGAUGUUAUCAUUGUGGUGCAGAAUGCACUGUUCCGUGCUCACAAGAACAUCCUGGCAGCCAGUAGCCUCUACCUUAAGUCUCUUGUUGUUCAUGACAACCUCAUCAAUCUGGACCAUGAGAUGGUCAGUCCAGGUGUGUUUCGAGUCAUUCUUGACUAUAUCUACACAGGACGCUUAAGUGAAGGUGACCCCACCUCACCAACUGAGCCAAAUAUAGGUGCAGUGCUGGCGGCUGCAAGUUAUCUGCAACUGCUGGAUCUGGUGACUCUAUGCAAGAAGAAGCUGAAGAGGAAUGGGAAGUACCAUUUACGUCCUAACUCUGGGUUUUUACCUUACAAAAUCCCGGACAUAGGGAGAGGACGGUUUCGAAUAUCUCCCCCUGUCAUCCAACCUUGCCACCCUGGAGGAGUAGUGAACACCCCUCGACCUACACCAUUAGAGGACCUGCCUCUCCCACUGGCCCCCCAUGCCGGAGAGAUUUAUGCACCAGCUCCCACCCAGGGUCCACCACCAUACCCCCCAGGAAAGCCAUCCCUGUCGCCACAGUCAGUCCUGCGCUUGCCCCCUGCUGACAGGAACUGCUCUGUCUAUGGCCUUGACCUGUCUAAGAAAAGCCCAAGUUCUCAAUCCCAGCAUCCUUCUGGUCAUCCCCACAUGAUCUCCUCACUUCACCCAGAGGAGGAGCCUGAAGGGGAGCUAGACCAAAGCACCAGCCCCCUGCUCAGUCCUAAUGAUGGCUCCAGAAAAAUGGAGACAUCCCAUCAUGUGGGUUCUCUCACCCCACACCCCUUCCCCCUACCCAAUCAUCCACUUGCACCCCAUCUUCCCCACCUGCACCGUCCUCAGGGCCAAGAACCUUACCCCUGCCCUCCCAGCCCAGAACCCAUGGAGGACUCCAGAGAACAAGGCCGAGAUGGGUCUAGCAUCUAUCGGUGGGUGAAGAAUGAGCCUUCCAACCCAGAGGAUGAAGAUGAGGAAGACGAAGAGGAUGACAGUGGAGGAAUGGGUGAGCAGGAUAAAGAGAGACACCACCAGCACAUGAACCACCAUAAGAACAACGAGGAAAAGCUUAACAUGAACGAGCGGGGCUAUGACAGAGGGACCUGUGAUGAUGGCGAGGACGAGAAUGGGACCGGCAGUGAGGAGACAGGGAGCAGUGAGGGUCGUCCAUCUCCCCCUGCUCCGGGUGGAAGAUAUCACAUGCCGUACGAGCCAGAGAGUUUUGGAGAUAACUUGUACGUGUGCAUCCCAUGCGACAAAGGCUUCCCCAGCUCAGAGCAGCUCAAUGCCCAUGUGGAAACGCAUAAUGAGGAGGAGCUAAACAAUGGGAGUGAGCUGGACAACAACAGCAACAACGGCAGCAAACCCACCAAUUCCCAUGGACCUACAAGCUUGAACAGCUCUAGUGGCCUCCACAGCCCUUUCCUAGACAACAAAUCGGCGCAAAACCUCCAUUCCAUUGGACUUGGGGAGAUCAUACGACCAUAUCGCUGUUCUUCCUGUGACAAGUCUUAUAAAGAUCCCGCCACCCUGAGGCAACAUGAGAAAACCCACUGGCUUACACGCCCAUACCCUUGUAGCAUCUGUGGCAAGAAGUUCACCCAACGUGGUACCAUGACGCGCCACAUGCGCAGCCAUUUGGGCCUAAAACCCUUCGCCUGUGACGCUUGCGGCAUGCGCUUUACUCGGCAGUACCGUCUGACGGAGCACAUGCGCAUCCACUCCGGAGAGAAGCCCUACGAGUGCCAAGUUUGUGGGGGCAAGUUUGCACAGCAGCGCAACCUCAUCAGUCACAUGAAGAUGCACAGCAGUGGAGCUGGUGGAGGACUGACUCCUGACGGCAAGCUGAAGAUAGACUUCUCCGAGGGGAUUUAUCCCCUGAGCAAGUACACAGCUGAGCAUUUGGGUCUGAAGCAGGAGAAAACCUCAGACCUUCUUGCAGCUUCUCAGCACCUGCUGGCUGACGCCAAGGCCAUGGAGAGCCUCUACCCGCUAUCAAAGCUGGCUGUGGAACACCUCGGCCUCAGCCACAAGAUGGACGUCCUGAACCCGUCAUUGCCGCCCACUUCCCAGCAGCUCUCGGCAGAGUCCCGCACCAUUGACCGCUACUCUCCCAGCUAGAGGGGGGAACCACUAACUAUACUUACUAAAGAGACAUCACUGUAUACCAUUCACAGUAUUCAACUCUCACCUCAUCUUCAUUUAAACCUGCACCUCAAAGAGUGGAGGCCGGAAUGUGUUGGCCAUAAAAAUGCACAAAACUGUUCAAUUCUGAACGUGCCUUUCUUUGCAGAUUUUGCAGUACGUGCAUUUCCUAAAAUUACUUUCCUAAAAGGAGAAAACUGCUUUAUUUAUAAUCUGUUUUGACCGUUGGACACUCAGACAAUGCAGUAUUUAUAAAAAAACAAAAAAAAAAACAGCUUCUUUUUUGUUCAAUCAUCGAGCCAAACAACCAAUUGAAAACCAAAAAGAGAUUGUUUUUAUUUAUUUUUCUUUUCUUUUCUUUUCUUUUUGUAUGAUGGAAAAGCCAAAGAGAAAAUGUCAAAUGUUGCAGAAGAGAGUUGCAAUCAUACCCUAAACCUGUGUACUAAGUAUUAUUGAUGUAUAUAGAAUGAAAAAGCACAUAUGAACAAUAUUCAGGGCUUCUGUCCAGAAUGGAGAGAGAAAUCUGGACGAAAGAAAAAGCCAAAUCUUUGGGAUUUUAUAGUAAUUGGAGGACUUUUUAUAGACUAUUUUUCGGAGUACUGGAUCACCUGUAUCUGAUUUUCCAGCUUUGUGAAUGGCCCAGUUUUUUCCAUACUAAAGGGAGCAACUAACUGAAGAGUGUGUUUGUUCCAGGACUUAGGUAAAGUGAUCUAAGCUUUUCUCUGCAUUGAUGAUGUAGUUAUCCCCUUCAGCGUGGAAUGAGAGUUCACAGAGAGUGCCAUUUAAUUUUUUUUGACCUUCAGGUGUAUGGUCUCGAGCUAUUUAGUGUCUUUAUUCCCUGUCCUUUCCUCCAACGCCAAGUGCCUUUAGCUUAUUGAAAAAGUAGCAAGUACUGCCCUGUGAUCUCACAACUGGAAUAUCUUUGUGCAUAUUCCGAUCAUGAUAUAACAAUCCGUGUCCACGUGUUUCGGUCCAUCUGGUGCGACAGACUAAGCAUGGGUGGUGCCUUUGAAAAGUCCAUAUGCCUCAGUUGCAUUGCAGUCGACCCCUUUGAAAGAUUCUCUGCAUGACUAGAUGUUUAACGGUCACAGCGAAGGCACUUUUGUGUAUAUAAACAGUGACAUUUUAUAAGUGAUUGAUUCAGCAACACCUUUAAGACCUUUCCUCAUGUGAAAUGUUUGAGAGGGCCUCCUCACCCCUAUUACAGUGCAGUUAAUUUCAGGCUAAUGUGACGGCUUUAACCCCGCGGUGCCUCGCGCACACACGUAGAGCCGUUAAUGUGACAACCAUCUGAACAUGAGGAGCAGGGCUCUCUCUCUCUGAUACUGUGAGCGUAGAUAGCAGCAGCUGGUCCACUCAGGGUAAGCCCUGUGAAAUCUCAGAUUUUCGAAGACUAUCCUCGCUUGUCUGUCCCACUAAUGUUAGAUUUUAUGCCAGUUGACCAGGCCCUGUGAUCUGAACAUACACCCUAAUCCCCCACCUACCGCACUAACAUAUCAUAAGCUACACUUUCAAGCAACAAGAAACACAGUAGCCUGUUAGGGUUGCUUCCUUUAUGUCUUACAAUUCAUCUGCUUUGCCUCUAAAUAAACCGUUUUACAGUGGAUGUAAAUGUGCUGAUGAGAUACGGCACCCGCUGUUUUUUAUUCCAAAGACCGUGCUGACAUUUUUGUCUUUUCCUCUGCCAGACCUUAAGUGAAAAAAAUUUCUUUAACCACUAGUUACAAUUACAACCUCAGUUGGUGAAUGUGAAAACUUAAACCACGAAUGCACUGUGAAAGAACUAGUGAAAGCCUUAGAGCUUAGUGAAUAUUGAACAUGUAAUUUGGGACAAAUUACCUGGGCUUUACUCUGUAGAAUGUCAGCUAUUCAAAGUGUUUCUUUUCUGUUUUCUUUUUCAUAUUUUGGUCAGACUGAACUCUCUUAAUCAAAGCAAAAUGACAUUGGUGCUUACCUCAGGACUGAGCCUAUCAUAGUGUGGGUGACACAAUGCUUUAGCAAUAGUUUGACAUAAAAAACACAAACAUAAUUGCUGUCUGUGUACAUUAAAAUUCAAGCACACGUUCUGAAGGGAUCUUAUUGUUUUUAAACAUGUGGUUAUUUCACAAUGCUAAAAAUGUGUCUUUUUUUUUUCCCUGCAAAUGAUUAUUUGAUUUUUUUUUCUUCUGAUUAGCCUAUGCAACUGUCUACUAUUUUUACAUUACAGGAAAUACUGUAGUUACACAAUGAAAUGGUAAAUGACUUAAUUACCAUAAAAGGCAAAUUUGUAAAUUAAAAAUGAUUUCUUGAUAAGAAUUCUGUAUGUUUCUCUGUACACUUGAAGGUACUUAGAGUUACACAGCACAGUUUGAAACUCACACAUGCACUAAAAGAAAUGCCAGACAGCAAGUCCGAUUACUGUUAACGUUAUGCUGUAUAAGAAAUGUUGUGUGUUUAUCAAUAAUUCGCCGCAAUGAUAAACACUUGGCCGGGUUGGUAAGGAGGGAAGCAUAGUUUCUGAAGUUGAUUGACCAAUUUGUUCUGGGCGGGCCUGCAGAAACUUUAGCUGACCUUUUUGCCGAGAGGCAGGAUUAGACUCCCAGUGAGGUUUUGUAUACAUGUACUAUUAAACCACACGCAUGAAACCAGCUUGUUUGGGGCGAGACAGAUGCUGAAAUUUCCCAACACUCUUAAGUGGACAGCCGAGAUCCAGAAAUUCCUCUCAACUUAAUUUUGCAAAACACAUGAAAACAGUCUGGGCACAGAGGUUUGUUUGUAUCCAAACGAAACCCAGAGCGUAAACGGAAUACAAAUCUUCUGACUCGAGGCAAAGAACAAUAUUACAGCUAUCAUAACAGUUAAAACUUUGACCGCAGACAUAUUAAUACUCGCUGAGGAGAUGUGACAGUCCGUUUGAAGUGGAUUUCAGUGGUGGGAAAAUAAAUCUCACACUCCCCUUCUCCACCAUUCAUUAGCUCGCUCUCAUCGAAAAUCUAUCGCUCUCUCUUUCCUGCUCUCCGACAGACAAAACAAGAAAAAAAAGGAGAAAUUUUCCACUUCGUUUCCAAAAGCGUAGAGAAAAGAAAACAAAAUAUUAAGUGCCUCUGCAUUCAGUACUGCUCUGACGGCUCUGGGAAUAUACUGUAGAGGUGUGUGAGUCCGUGGUUAGGGGGGCAGGUGAGAUGUUUGGUUGUGUUUUUGUACGCUCCAGCAAUCUGAACAUACGAAAAGUGCUUCUGUUAAUGGAGCGCUUACAAAGGAGUAAAGUUGAGCUGGGGAAGUGAACUUUUGACUCUGUAGUAGCAGUGAGCAGGAUGUUUGGUGUGGUUCUGCUCAAAAGCAGAUAGGAAGAUGAUGAUAGAGAGGGACAGAGAAAGCAAAGGAGGGUGAGAGAGAACAGAGCAGGUUUGGCCGGUGGACUGCAGCCAUUGUCUAUCUAUGGAAAAGUAGACUGAAAACCUCCAUCCUUGAUUUGUGCUCCUCAAAGAUGUUUCUUAAUGGGGUUUGAUACAAGUUAAAGUGAUAGUAAUGAAAAUUUUGUCAUCGCUUACUCACCUUCAAGUUGUUACAAACCUGUAUGAGUUUCUUUCUUCUGCUGAACACAAAAGAAGAUAUUUUAAAGAAUGCUGGUAACCAAACAGUUUACGGAAUCCAUUGACUUCCAUUGUAGAAAGAAAAAAAAAAAAUUCUUCAAAAUAUCUUUGUUUGUGUUCAACAGAAGAAAGAAACUCAUACAGGUUUGGAACAACAUGAAGGUGAGUAAAGGAUGAUACAAUUUUCAUUUUUGGGUGAGCUAUCACUUUAACCUAAAUUUACAGCAUUUUUUGCAUAAUGCUGAUUACUACAAAAAUAUAUUUAGACUUUAUUUAGACAAACAAACAAAAAUCUGGAAUACAUUGAGGCACUUACAAUGCAACUGAAUGGGGAUAAUCUGUAAACAAAAUGUGUUAACAUGAUUUAAAUGUGAAAAAAUUGCUUAUUAACUUUGUCUGUAUGAAGUUAUAUCUAGUUUUUAACUAACCGUUUUAGUUUUCUACGGCACGACACAAUUACAAACCGUUCUCGGCCUGGAAUUCUUGGAACGGUUGUCUAACCGUAAAUCGUGCUGGUAGAAUCCGUGAAGUGACGUCGGCAAACAGGAUUGGCCAUUUGUCUGUUGCCUGGCUACCAGUUUCCCCGUAGCUGGCUAAGUGCUCUAUUUGAGCGACGUAAACACAAAUCAAUAAUAAAAUUAAAAGAAAUUUCUGAUCAUCCUCCAUAACGCGGUCGUUUUUUACAUCUCAUAUCGUCAGUAAACCGUUGCAUUACCAAGGUAACAACUGACGCUUUUGUAUUACAUUUCAAAGAGCGGCCGUUAUCAGCCCCACAGUGGAAAAUGAAACCGUAACCGUACCAGCUGGCCCGGAUCGGCAGAACCAUUCGGCCCAACGGUGGAAAAGCGGCUAAUAUCAACUGAGAACAAACAGUCUACCUUGCUAAGGGUGGUUGCUAAGGGUGUUGUGUAGUGAUACACAGAACCGUUGGGUGAAGCUGUCAUAGCCAUGUUUUAUCGUGAAUAAAACCAAAGUCCCUUUAAGACAAGUCAUUUUACUCGGCGGCCAUCUUUGAAACACCUCUUGGGCAUGCAAGUGCAACUCCUAUCUCUUUGAAUAGGUAAACAUCAAAUUCUCCAAAGCUUUUUGCCAAGCUUUCGAUUAAAUUUCAUAUUUGAAAUCACCAAUGAAAUCUGACAACAACUGUCUCAUACAUUUUGUUUCUAAACGCUCGAAUCAUGACAAAACCGGUAUUUUCCAGGCUGGAUAAAGCUAAUGUGCAUGCGCAAUCCUAAACGCGCGUCUCUUUUGUCUCAUUUCGGAGGCGAGCGUCUGAUUGUUUCGGAGCUUCUAACGGCCGCUGCAGUGACGCGAUGACUUUACCAAUUGGCGAUUGGCUCUUAUUUAAAAGGCGGGACUUAUUCCGCCAUAUUGCGCGUUGCACUUUCUCCCAUUCAUAAUAAUACGAGUGACGUGUCUUUGAUAAAACACAGCUAUUGACCAAUCAGAAUCAAGGACAGGAACUAACCGUUUUAUAACUAGUUUUAAAACUUUGUGGCCAUGACAACACCAUAAACCCUUUAGGACUGUAAAAAAUGAUCAGUUUUACAGCUCAAAUAAUACACAAGUUUAACAAAAGAAUUGAAGUGCUUUUAUGAAAUUAAAUUUCACAUUGCUGAAUUUCUCAAAAAAUCCUUUACUGCAAGUGCCUCAAUGUAACCUUGAUUUUUGCUCUUUUUAUUUUUUUUUAAAAAGACAGAUGGUUAAUCAACAAAUGCUGUUGAUUGAGCUUAACUUGUAUUGAACCUAGAAUAAUUAUUUGAUAAUCUUCUCUUCAUUUCUUAAAAAUUGAAGGCGGUUUUUGGCAUCUCUUGAGUCAUUAACCCUCUGGUCACCCUGCUUGUCUUCAUCACGGGCCCUGCGAAGAGAAACAAAACUUGAGAUAUGGAGUAAAAAAUGUGGAACAAUAUACUGAGUCUGACCAUGCUUAAUAAAUGUGUCCAAAGGAAAUAUUCCUCUCCGUUUCAGGAAACCCCACUCAGUCAGAACUGAAAACCAAAGCUGGCCAUAAAGUAUAGAAGGAACCAAUAUACACUUAGAAUGUUUAAAUAGCAACAUCUAAAGCUUUUAUUAGUCAGAAACAGAAAAGUUUCUAUUGUGGGUUUAUCACGAGUAGUUCAGGAAGGACGUUGGUGGUAUAAUUGUUAGUUUUGUGCAUAUCCUCUCGGAGAGAUAAUCUUGACAGGUUCAAAGCAUUGAGAUUCUUAGAAAUUCUUAUCAAUAAACUAGCCUUGCUCACUUCCUUCAUACAGCUGCCAGUCUUGUUUCUGUACAUUUGGCAUUUUUUUUUUUUUUUUUUUUUUAAAUCUAGACAUAUUAUCUAGACAUUUAACAUAAAUUGUUUAUCUUGACUCAUCUUCAGCAGUCUGCAGUGAGUCAUGUUAGAUCAUGUGGAAUCUUCCAUGACUGUGGGAUGUCUUGGUGUCAGUGGCAUGGCCCACAAUGCACCUGUCCAUCUGUCUCAUUGUCUCUUGAGCAAAGAAAACAGUUGAAUAGGGAGUAAGGGGGCUUUGACACAUUCAUCUGUUUCACAUCAUCAUUUUUGUGGCUUGAUCAUGACUUCGGUCACUCGUCUUCUCGUUCGUGCCACUCCUUCUUCUUCCUCCCACUCAAUCUCCUCCCUUCAUUCUCUGCACAUGCUCUCCCAAAAUCACCUCGAGCUGCUGUUCUCCCUCUCCUAUAGCCUGACCCAAGAUGCUCAGCUCUUGCCCACACCUCUGAUGAAGAGGCGCCCAGCUGUUUUUCAUGCUGAAGAAGACCGUUGUCUAAAUGUUUAUGUGAAUAACUACUUUCUCUUCAAGCCCCGAUCGAGUUCCCAUGUGUUAAUAUCCUCCACUAGGCAACAUAAACUAUGUAAACAGCAUACAGGGGCUAUUGUUUCUGACUAAAUAACUAUAAAUAUAUCCCAGAGAUGCAGAUUAAAGAGGAACUUUGUGAUUAAGGAAACUUGAACAUUUAAAAGGGAAAUGAACAUACUAAUACCGGACUUGCCAGUAAGACCAAUAUGCUUAAGGUUGCACAAUUUUGGCUUGGUCACACAGAUGUUCUUGCCUCCCACUGAAUCUGUGGAAAUCUCAAAAUGGCAUGUUUUUAAAAAAGAAAGGUUCUUCAAUUACAUUAAUGUUUCACUAUAGAACCAUAUAUCAUAUGGGUCAAUGACGUGAUGCUUGCUUUUGGGUUUGGAAUCUCUUAUGUUACUGAAGAGUACAUUAAAAAACAAUGACAGACAAAAUACAGACAAUGACUUGAAUGCUGUUCGAAUAAUUUUGAGUUACUUUUUUUUUGUUAUAUAAGUUAUAUAUUUGAUGUUUUGUUAAUUAAAAUAAUAACUAUUUGUAUAGUGCCUUUAAAAGUUGCUUUCUUAAACCCAUAGUGAAGCAAAAUCUAUUUUUAAAUACAUUUUUUUAAUUCUUAAAGGCUUAGUUCGCCCAAAAAUGAAAUUUCUGUUAUUAAUUACUCACCCUCAUGUCGUUCUACACCUGUAAGACCAGAAAGCUAGUAAAGACAUAUUUAAAACAGUUCAUGUGACUAUAGUGGUUCAAUUUUAAUGUUAUGAAGCGACAAGAAUACUUUUUGUGCGCCAAAAAACCCCCCAAAAUAACGACUUUAUUCAACAAUAUCUAGUGAUGGGCAAUUUCAAAACACUGCUUCAUGAAGCUUCGAAGCUUUACGAAUCUUUUGUUUCGAAUCAGUGGUUCGGAUCAUGUAUCAAACUACCAAAAUCACGUGAACCAUUGAAAUUUCGAAAUGUUUAUGACGUAACAAAGCCUCGUUUACUGAAAAACGUGACUUCGGCAGUUAAUACAUGCUGAUUCGUUGAUUCGAAACAAAAGAUUCGUAAAGCUUCGAAGCUUCAUGAAGCAGUGUUUUGAAAUCGCCCGUCACUAGAUAUUGAUGAAAAAAGUCGCUAUUUUGUUUUUCGGCGCACAAAAAGUAUUCUCGUUGCUUCAUAACAUUAAGAUUGAACCACUGUAGUCACAUGAACUGUUUUGAAUAUGUCUUUAAUAGCUUUCUGGGCAUUGAAAGUGUUAAUUAUCUUGCUGUCAAUGGAGGCCUCACUGAGCCAUCAGAUUUUAUCAAAAAUAUCUUAAUUUGUGUUUAGAAGAUGAACGAAGGUCUUACGAGUGUAGAACGACAUGAGGGUGAGUAAUUAAUGACAGCAUUUUCAUUUUUGGGUGAAUUAACCCUUUAAUAUCUCUUCAGAGAUGUGUACACACUAAUGUAUUCAAAGUUUAAGGUGAAUUUUUGAUUACUUUUUGCUUGAUACACCACUUUAAAUUUGUAACAUAUUUUUUGUUUUCAUUAUCUCAUUAUCAUCAUUAUUUGUCAUUGACCCAUAUACUAAAAGAACCAAUUUUGGUUCUUACAGGCAUUUUUCAGGCAUAAGGCAAGAGUAGCGUUCAUUGUGUGUCGUUUUCUGUCAGUCCUUUGGGACUGAUUUUACAAAACAAAUCUGUCUUGUGUUCUUGACCUUGUAAUGAAUGGGUCACUAAACAGCAAGCAGAGAAACAUUUUUGAGAGUGUCAAGUUACGUUUUAGUUGUUUUCUCAGAGUGGCACUGAGGCAUAACAGUAACGCCGGCUCACAUUUCAAUUGCAAAGCUUAUGCCAUGACUAUCAGGAUACUUUUGCCAGGCCCUAAAAUUAUCACCUCAUCUCAGUAUGACAGGAACAGGCUGUCUUUGUGCUGGCAGCGAGGUAGCGCAGCUACCAGUGUCUCCUUCUGCAUGUUUAGAUUGGAACACAGGCACAGCUAAAACUCUGGAAGCGGAGACCAGAAUCAGUGAAAGUCCAGGCCACACAGUCCUGAGCUCUGUUUGUAUUUAUCAUCCUCGAGUAGACGUGCUUAAAAAUUCUGUACAGCCUAACCAAACAUGUAAACAACAGAAAGCGUCAGCAAAACGACUGCCUGAUAGGACUGUGCCGCUGUAAUCAUGCAUGACCACACACACUUGCAGCUGGAUGGCAGACAGCCCUGUCACUGCUCUCUGUUCCAGAUUAGGUCAGAUUUAAUUAGGCUGCCCUGCUCCUUUUGGAGUGUCUCUUUGAGUUUAAAAAGCCAUUACUAAAACACAGCCAGUGUUACUGACGAGACAGAGAAAGAAAGAGACCACCAGAUCUUCUCUAGGUUUACACACACAUACAGAGGCUUGCAUGUAGUGUGAUGAGGACUAAAAGAGUGGGGUGAGGUUGUGAUAAAGGGACAAAAAAAAGAAGAAGAAGAAAAAAAAGGGCUAGAACAUUAACCAGACACCAACCAAAGACCUAAAACAAUUGUAGGCAUUUAGAAGUACAAAAAACAGUGUGAACAGUGAAAAAGAGGAAAAGGCACAAACUCAACUCAACCACCCAGCUCACUGUGAAUGUUCCCAUUACUCUCCAGCCAAGUAAUACACCAGCAUGUCUGUUUUGAUAUCACUGAUCACCAUUACUUCUUGUUCUGAACUUGUUUCAAAUAUAACACAAUUUAAUAUGCCACUUUCAAGUGCUUUCUUGCAAGAUUUACGUGACCAAAAAAAGGCAAUAAAAAUACAUUUGAGCAGUAUUUUUUUAAUUGCGUUGUCGAUAGUUUUCUUUUUUCCUUUUCUUUUUCAACAAAAUGCUUUUACUGAAAUGAAUGUAUUUAUUGCAUGUCAAAUGUUUUAUAAGAUUUUUGUAUAAAAUUCAUUUGUGGGGUAUUAAAAUUGUGUUCUUUAGUUUCAAAAUCGUAAUGAAUGACUUUGAUUAGGCUUUUAAUUGUUUUAAAAGCCAUUGUGAAAAUGUCAUUUUUUCCAUUUAUUAUCUGAGUCAACUUGGCAAUAAAAUAACUUUCACUGAAA